CUUCUUUUUAUAGUCCGAGUCCAAAGGCUGGUUAGGGUUUACCAUUCCAGAAUCAAAACACUAACAUUCCAAAAUUGAAUCAAUGGAGAAGAAGAAGAAGGAGAAAUCAGUGACAAACGAAGUUCGCUUAGCUUCAAUGGAGAAAGGUUUCUUUCACUUGCGUUCAGGUAAAAGAGUUCUCAAAAGUGAAGUUGUUCGGUCUCGUCUCGAAUCAACGGAGAAGAAGAAGAAGAAGAAGAAGAAGUUUGUGUCUGCCACAAAGAAGAAUGAAUUUGUGAGUACCAACUAUAUACCUGAUGAUAUUGCCUUCUCCAUCCUAUCAAAACUACCUCUUAAAUCUUUUAAACGAUUUGAAUGCGUUCGCAAAUCAUGGUCUCUCUUAUCUGAAAAUACUCAUUUCAUGAACAUGUUUCGCAACAAUUUCUUAUCAUCAUCUAAUUCUCGUUACGACGGAGCAUCUCUAUUCUUAAAGGUUCCAACCUGGCCAGACAUGAGCGAGAUUCAAGUUUUGUAUAAUCUUUCUGGUGACAGGUUUCAGAAUAUGGUUAAAUUUGAUUUCUCAAAUCCAUUUGAGCAUAAUACAUUUUUUGAUAUUUUUGGUUUUGGUAGUAUUAAUGGCACAAUCUUGCUCCAUCAACAUUGUAGAUACAUACAUGCAUUGUGGCACCCAGCUACCCAGAAAUUCAAGAUCCUUCCUCCGAGUCCGUAUGAGUCUUAUGUUCCGGAUGAUGUUAAGCGUCAUUUUAACAUUGUUUGUUAUCUUGAUGGAUUUGGUUAUGAUUCUGUUACCGAUGACUAUAAGGUCAUUCGUUAUGUUUUCUUUGCGGAUCCAAACAAUGAGCAAUACCAAUGUCUAGGAAAUAAAUAUUUUGAACCCUUAUGGGAGAUAUAUAGCCUAAGAAGUAACUCCUGGAGGAAACUUGAUGUUGACAUGCCGCCUUCUUUGGACACCACGGAGGGCAACCAUGUCUACAUGGAUGGAGUGUGUCAUUGGUUGUGUCAGAAUGAUUAUGGAUAUUGGAAAAAACAUAAUAUCCCAUUUCAACCUAGUUUGGUAUCGUUUUACUUGAGCAAAGAAGGGUUCUUCAUAACACCCGUACCCUCAGAUGUAGAUGAUUCUUUUGAUGUUGAAACCAAUUGGAGAAACUUGGCGGUGUUAAAUGGGUCCAUUGCAUUGAUCUCAUAUUAUGAAAAGACGACUACUUUUCACAUAUCAAUUAUGGGUGAGAUUGGUAUGAAAGAAUCAUGGACCAAUCUCUUCACUAUUGGACCAUUGCCUUGCGUUGAUCGGCCUAUUGGAGUGGGUACAAAGGGGGAAAUAUUCUUCAUAAGAAACGAUGAAGAACUGGCUUGGUUUGAUUUGAGUACCCAAAUGAUUGAGGAGCUUGGUUUUAAAGUGGAUAUGCCAGGAUGUCGGAUAACAAUUUACAAGGAAAGCAUUCUUCCAUUUGAAGGAAUAAAUGAUUAAUUGUUGUUCCUAUUUUCACCAACAGAUAUAGUAUGUACUUACUGUCUAGUGGAGACUUCUUUGUUUUUUGCAAGCAUCUGGUACUUUCCUUCUAGCGCUUUCUUAGCUUUAUGGUGGAGAGGGUGAUCAUAGCUGUAUCUUGUUUCUAGUGAUUAGUAGUGGUAGUGUUAUGUUGUAAGCGUUGGAGUUGCUAGUUUGUUAUGGUUUCGUGUAAUCUUUGUAUAUUUGUUUUAUAUCAAUGAAAAGAAUGAUCGUUUAGCUUCACCGGAUUUCCUCUAGUUUUAUGUAGAAAUAACUUCUACAUGAAAAGAAUGAUC